CUGUCAGUCACCGAGAAACGGCUGAUCGAAGAGGGGCAGCCAGCUGGGAGGAAAUCCUCCGAAGUUCUCCCCACGCGUGACAUCGGGCGGCGGCUGCCGACACCGGUCACCCUCCAGCCCGACCCGGCACCGGCGCGGCGGCGCCCGGCCGGCAGGGGGCGCUGUGUCCCGCCGGCGGGAGGGCGGGCCGGCGGCGGCCGCGCGGGCCGCCCUGGCCCUGCCCGUUCCCCCGCGACCGCGGCGGGGGCCAUGGCGGAGCUCAACGCCCGCCUCGAGGCGCUGGAGCGGCGGCUGGAACGGGCGGAGGCGGCCCUGAGGGACUGGCCCCCCUGGACGCUGCUGCUCCCGGCGGAGCCAGUGACUUUCGAGGACAUUGCGGUGCACUUCAGCAGGCAGGAGUGGGCAAGCCUGGACGAUGGGCAGAAGGAGCUGUACAGGACCGUGAUGGAAGGCAACUACGAGAUGCUGGUGUCCCUGUACUGUGCCCUAUCCAAACCUGAACUCUUAUCUCGGAUCGAAAGAGCAGAAGAGCUGUGCACACCGGCGGAGUCAGACCUGGAAGAAGCAAACGUAUCUCUGCAGCCAGCCGUAGAGCCAAACUGCCCGAGCUGCGCGAGCAACAAUGGUCUGCUGGAGAUGACGACAAAGGAGACUUGCGAGGGGAACUGUAUGGACCCGGAGGAAAGCAGGAGCCUGGCGGUCACAGCAAACUGCAGUGCCUCACACGUCCCUCAUGAAGCCACCGCUGUCCUAGCAGAUCUCGGCCAGCCAACCCCGUCCCCUUCCUGCCCUCUCUCCAGGUGCUGUCAUGAAGCAGUGAAUCUGAACCAGUCUCCAUUGCGUCCUCCUGCAGCAGCAGAUGCCGAGGUGGGGAUCCCAGUGGAGGUACCGCAGGAGGAGGUCGCUGUGGAGAACGUGGCAGUGCCUGAAACGCCCCUGGAAGAGGGGGACGUGAAAGAUUCAGGGAAUGGUGGCCAAGGUCUGGCAGCAGACGUUCCCAAAGAACCGGGUAAGAAGGCGAUACCAGAUGUCUGCAGAGCGACGGCACAGGCAGAUCCCAGCUGCGCGGUCGCCACGCCGGGAGAGGCCAUGGAUGGCUCCUGCGCAGGCCGCACUGCAGCCUGCCAGCGAAAUUCCACCCGGGAGAAAUUCUACUCCUGCCCAGUGUGCAGGAAAAACUUUCUGCUGAAGAUCAACCUCAUCAUCCACCAGCGGAGCCACAGCAACUGGGUGCCCUACAUCUGCGUGCACUGCAACCGCAGCUUCAUGUCCAAGAAGAAAAUCCAGCAUCACCUACAGGCGCGGGCGGCCAAGGGGUUCUGCCAGUCCUUGGAGGCGGAGGAGCGCUCCAGCCGGGCCCCGUGCCCUGCCUCCCAGCCCCGACCCCCGAGCAGGGACCACGGCACGGUGUGGGGGAAGCCCAGCCCCAAGAGAUACCCGCUGUCACCUGGGAAAAUGAUGUAUACGUGCAACGAAUGCAUGGAGAGGUUCUCCAGCCAGAGCUUUCUGAUCCUGCACCAGCGACAACACACUAGCCACCAACUCAUCCUCUGUCCCUGCUGCAACAGGAGCUUUGCGUGGGUCUCUGAGUUUGUCCGCUACCACCGGUCCCACACGGGCGAGCGGCCCUACCAGUGCGGCGUGUGCCAGAAGACUUUCAAGCGGCACCACCACCUGAUCGUGCACCAGAGGAUCCACAUGCGGCAGGGGAGGCCGUACCCCUGCGGGGACCAGCUGCCCGUGCCGCCGGCACACAUUUAGGUGCGGACGCGGAGGCGUGAAGCGGGAAGCGUAGCAGAAGAGAGGGUGGGAAGCCGGGAGGUGUCCUCCCCGGGGACAGGAGACCGCCGUCGGACCUUCUCCUCCUCUCCCUCUUUGCGGAUGCGAGCGAGUCCGAUGAAGGCUGGAACACGGGCAGCGUUGCCCAGUUUCUCCCACCCUGCUGCGGGGACGGUGGGCGCCCAGCCCUGCCCGUGCAGACCCUCGGUGUGCGGGUCGCUCCUUGUUCUCGAAGCCCCGGUGGGACGGGUGGGACACCGGGAGCGGGUGCUGCUGCUGCGGCGGAGGACUCGUCCCUUUUCUGGAGAGCGCACCAAUAAGAUGCUGUAGAAAUAAGGAUGCUUCCCAUGGC